GAAAAUGAAUUCAAGUUGCCCAGAGGAUGAUUGGGGGUGUGUACCAGAUGAUGAAUUAUUUUUUAAUGCUGGACCAACACAACCUUUUCAGACUUUGAUGAAAAAUUUUAUUGAAGAGGUGACAAAGAUGGGAGAAAGUUAUAAGGAGGAAUUGAGGGAUGAUUAUGAAGAAAGUAAUGAUGGGGAGGAGGAAGAGGAAGAAAUGCCUCAAUCAUUUAAUUUUCAAAUAAAAGAUGUUGCGGAUGACUUUUUGCCGUUGAGAAUUGAAAGCGAUGAUGAAAUAAUUGUGAAAGAUAGAGUUGGAAAUAAACGAACAGAAGAGAAUAGUUUAGUAAUUCAAGAAAAGAAGUCAACAGGAAUUUUGAAGAAAAAUAACAGUUUGGACAUCAAUCCAAAACGUGUUACUUUUGAGAUUGAGCGUUUUGUCGCUUCAAGCAUUGCCGAUCGUGACGAGAAAUUAACUGCACAGCAACGUUUAAUUCAAAAAUUGGGAGGCAAACCAGCCCGGAAUCCCUCAAUUAAUUAUAAAACAUUGAAGAAAAAAAGAGAAGAAUUAAAAGAAAAGAAAAAGGAAGAUUUUUUAAAUUUUGAAGAAAAUACUAAAUUGCGUGGAAUUAAGAGAAAGAAAGGAAAUAAUAAAAAUAUAAAAGGAAAGAAAAAUAAUAAAAGAAUAAUGAAGGGAAAAAUAAAAAAUCAGAAGAGAGCAAAACAUUAG